UUUACUCUUUCUCUCUCAACAACCAUUCACGAUAGGUUCUUUUGCCCGAUUUGAACGAGUUUUUGCAAGAAUUGAAGAAAUUUAUGCAUGUAUUGAAGGUCAAGCUUACACUGGGUUGCCAAUUUGAAGCUUUCAAAGGUGACUUUUUACUGGAAUUGGUGUAGUGCAGUUGUAGAUUGGUGACAAAUUAAGUGGAGUAUUGUAUUCAAUCAGCUAUGACUCGAGGUGGAUAUCGUGCCGGAAAGUCCUCAAGCAGGAGUAAGACUACUAAUCGUGCAAAACUUCCUUCUAUUCCAACUCCAAUGAUAGAACAGGAUGAUACAAGUUCCAUUCCUACCAUUAUGCCAACCGAUCAAACACCGAUCAUUCCCGAGACAUCUCUGAUUUCACCUAACCAAAGCAACCCAACAAGCCAGAAUAUGAAUGCUCAAAUCAACAGAGCAGUUGAGGUAAUAUUUGGUCAGAGAAAUGUAUCUGCUUCAAGUGAUUCCAGUUGUAACAAUAGCCGGACCCCUAUUUUUCUGACUUCUUCAGGGUUUAUACCUACUACUUAUGUGUUUACUGUUUUUGUAUUUACUAUUUUUGUACAUAAAUAUUGUACAGUGUUAUUGGUGUUGGAUUUGAUGUUGUACAGGUUGAAACCGUCUUCUAAAUGCUCCAGUUUCAUUACAUUGUCUUUCAAAAGUGAAGUUGAUCCUAAUGGGAUCAACUGGAAAGGUGUCUUACAAGAUGUCAAAGAUGAUUAUUUUGGAGAAUUCAAGGAUGCUUCCGUUAGUGAAGUUGUGGUGAAGCAACAAUGGAUGAAGAAGCCUGCAUUAUGCUACAAGAAUUAAUUUCCAAUAUAAAAAAGCAAAGAGCCACAGUUUAACCAGAAUUUGUAAAUGACCAUGUGUGGAAAAAGUUGAUGAAACUUUGGCAAAGUGAUGACUGUGUUAAGAAGUCUGAGAUAAAUUCAAAGAAUUAUUGUAGUGGAAAGGAAGUAGCUGCUGGGACACACACAGAUGGCUCUAUCACAGCCGGAGAGCACUGAAAA